AUGGCGACUGUUGGGCAACUUUCUGCUGAAGCUCUCCGCAGAAAAGAGAGAUUAAAAGCAUUGAGACAAAAACAACACGGAGAUUCAGAGAAUGCUGAAAAUACAGAACCGCCAACAAAGAAAAUCCAUAUAGAGGAAGAUGUCGAAGAAAAAAAGAAACCUGUUUUUAAGAACUACACCCCAGGAGAUGAAGCAUUACAGGAUCAGAUAGUUCCAAAGGCUGACCUUCCCUCAGUGGAAGAACACAUAAAGGAUCAACUUGAAGCUGCCAAACCAGCUCCAGUAGUUGAUGAAGUUGAUUUGGUCAAUCUAGCACCCAGGAAACCAGACUGGGAUCUUAAGAGAGACAUUGCACCAAAGCUUGAGAAACUGGAAAGACGUACUCAAAGAGCAAUUGCUGAGCUUAUCCGAGAGAGGAUCCAAUCUGGGCAAGGUGAUCUCAGUACAGCAAUAACUGCCUCUGAACUACCAAAACAACAGCAAGGAGACUUAUCUGAUGAUGAUUAGGUAGCCAGUCUUCUAUUGGUGGAAACGGAGAAUAACAUUUCCAAACAACCAAUGGGCAUGAGGCUUUUAUCUUGGACGCUCUUGACAACUGGGUUUUGUUUUGCCAGUCAAUGAAGCUGAAGUUGGAAGAAUGAGACCCUACAGAGACAGCUCUGCAUCACUUCAUUUUAUUCCAAGAGAUUCUAAAGUUGUUAUCGAUAUUGAUAAUAAACCAUGAAAACCCACCCUUCGGAGUUUGGGCAACUUUCUUCUUGGUUGAUUUAUAAACCUAUUCACUUUGAGGAACAGAUCUGCAUUGAUUGAUCAAAGAUUUGAUGAACCCAUCACCGUCAUCACAGGCCUUGAACUUUGCCCUUGAAGGGGCACAGCCAUUUCCUCUGGUAGGAGCACUUCCAGAUGGAAAAUGUAAAUUUGUAUUGUAACUUUGCAAAGGUCACCUCAGCAAAAGAACAUGACACCAGCAAAAGCACAAGGCGCCAUGGGUUAUUUCGGGACCUGUCAUCAAUUUAAUCAGUGAACUCGAGCAUUUUUGACAACGGCUCUCUCCACUGGUCUCUUCGCUCCAUGAUUGCUGGUAGGUCACGACGGUUAAUGCCAGAGUUUUGCUCCAGGGUGUCCACCAAUAAUGCUGCAGGACGCCCUUUUGAUCUUUUGACAUGUUGAGGUUCCCAAAAUAACUACUUGAGCCAUCUAAUAUUUCCUUCUCUUUGAACCCAAGCUCCACCAAACAGAGCAAGUAAAUGGUUUUGUAUCGCCUGGCUUUCUUAGUAAGGUAAGCAACAAAAAUUGUUGGAGUCAUGGACACACAAAAACGAGACAAACAGGGUUCGCCCUUAAAGUCACCUGGAAAUAGAUUUUUUUUUUUUCAAACAUAAGAGUAUAUGCUUACGAACAAUAAAACA